AUGGGCCACGCUUGGCUUCGCCUAGACUACGGCCUGCUGUUGAAGGAAUUGUGCAGGCCCAGCCAGACGCUCUUCGUUGUUGCCUGGGACACAGGCGACGGGGCCAUGGGCCCUGGAGCCCGAGAUGGAGUUGGCCUCAACAAGCCAGAGGUCUGCCAGGAGGGCUACUUGUUCUCGGCGGUGGCCCAGUGGCUGAUCGCGCACCCCGAGGACUUCGCCGACGUCGACACCAUGAGCUCCAUUGCUAAGCGCUGGAACACGACCAUGGCUAUGACGAGAGACAUUCUGGUGGGUAAGCCCCCGGAGCCCGAUUCCGUGGUGGCGGUACAAACACUUGGAAAGACUUCUCACACCUCCGUGCUCCGUUCUGCCCAGCUGGGUUGCGGGCUACCGCAACGCAAUCCUGAUCCACGAUGA